AUGUAUCGUGGUACUCGAUCCCAUCAGGGCUACGGUCACCCGACGACUGCGAAUCGCCAUCAGGCAGGCUGGGGUUUGACCUGUGGUUUGAUCGAUGACCUCGACGGAAGGCAAGUCGCUAGGAGGAGCAGGCGUCAUGGGCAUGGCCGAAGCAGAGUAUGUGCUGCGAGAAGACAUGAUUUGUUUAUCGAUCUCGAUGCGAAGAGGAGCCUGAACUUAUAUUCAACGACAAAGCCAGACAAGGCCGACAAGGCAGCGCACAAAGGUUUCUAUGAUGCACCGGCGGCGUUUGAGGCGGCUCUGACUCCAGAGCCCACCCAAGUCUCUCUACCUUCUCCUCGACGUCUAUCUCGGCUGGGAUACACUAACCAAAGGCGCAAGACUAGCGUUGGCAUGUCGCCCGUAAAUUCCCAUGUCCUGUCGAGAGAAUUUGCGAAGAUCGACAAUCAUCAUAGCCGUUUCGGUAUCAUAGUUGGAGCCUACCCUUGCACGCUAUGGCGUAUGAGAUGGCGGGCUGGGGGUUGGAGAGAUGAGGAACGAGGCGAACGGAAGAGGAAAGACCCUGCAGAUCUUGAGGUCAUGCCCUUAUGUCAUGCCAUUGGCCAAAGCUCCUCGGUGUCGGAUGGAUACUACCAAGUACACAAAGUACCAAGUAGACAAAGGGUCUUUUCUAAGCCUCGCAACAAGGCCGUGGGAAGUAAUGUUCCGAAAUUUUGGCAGAUCACUUUUAACGAAAUGCAUGGUACUCCAGCUGUCCCGGGCUGUCGACACAAUUGGCAAGCCAUGUAG